AUGGGGGAAGGUGUGGAGUGUGGAAAAGUUUCACAUGAGCACAUGGUCGUGAAUGGCAUUGAGGGUCAGGGAACUGAGGAUAAGGGUACAGAGAAAGUAGUGGAAUCUGGGAGUCCCCCUAUUGCUUCUCAUGCUGAUGGUUCUGGGGUGGAAGCAGAUUCUCAAGCUGUGGCAAGUAGUUCUGGGGUGUUGGUAGCAGAUUCUCAAGUUGUGGCAAGUAGUUCUGAAGUGGGAGGGAAGAUUGCAGCUAACACUUCAACUCCAGCUAGAGAGGAUCUGAUUGAUGCAUAUGGCUUUCAGUUGGUGGUGAGGAAAGGAAAGAAUGUUUCAGUUGGUCGGGAGCAAAGCCGUGAAAUGCGUAUCUUAGCCUCAGCUAUACAGUCCAGAGUGCCAUUAAAUUCUAAAGGUGUUGCUAUGGUCAUUGGGAGGAACAAGAAAAAAGGUACUGAAACUUGUUUGAUUACAGAUAUAUAUAUCCCUAAUAAAACAAGUGGAAGGGCAGUGCUUUAUGAUGAGUUGAGAAGGACUCGGGUGACUGUUGAGCCUGGGAUUUUCUUAGGAGAUUUUAAUGCUAUCAAAGAUAGCUAUGAAGCUUCCAAUGAUCCUGGAUUUAGUCAGAGUAUUCUCGAUUUCAGGAAAUGGAUAUUAGAUAUGAAGCUAACAUAUCAUAAGGCUAUUGGCUCGUGGUUUACUUGGCGGAACAAGCACUCUAAUAAUUAUAAUCCUAUUGCUAGAAGAAUUGACAAAAUUUUAGUUAAUGAGAAGUGGUUGGAUGUUUUUCCUCAAAGCUUGGUGCAGAUUGUUGUCCCAGGGGUUUCUGAUCAUUGUGGUCUUUAUGUUCAAACAAAUUCUGGUCUCUAUACGUUACCGAAGCCUUUCAAAUUUUUCUUGUUAUGGAGACAGCAUCCUCAGUACAGUGGGAUUUUGAGAGAAUCUUGGCAGGUAGAGGCAGCUGGGGUACCAUAUUAUGUCUUGUACAAGAAGUUAAGGGAAUUUAAGGGGAAGCUUAAGAGUUUUAAUCAAACUGUCUACUAUGAUAUUUCCACUAGAACUCGAGAAGCGGAACAACUAGUGCUAAUGCAAAAUGAUAUAUUAGCAGACCUCACAGAGGAUAAUUCUCUAGCUGUAUUGGAGCAGGAGAGUGUGUGUAAAGAGCCGCAGAGUGCAGAUGAGUCUUUUUAUAGACAGAAGUCAAGAGUUCAGAGGAUAACUCAGGGUGAUGCUAAUACAGAUUUUUUCCGUAGUAUGGUUAAGUCAAGAAACCAUCGACAAACAAUACAAAAGCUAAUUUCUAAUGAUGGCAAAGUGGUAACAGAAGUGAAGGAGAUAGGAAAACUGGCAGUGGAGUAUUACAAAGGUCUAUUGGGGGCAGCUGAUAGUAAUGUUCAACCAUUUCCAGUUGAGUAUUUUGUUCAACCAUUUUCAGUUGAGUAUUUUGCAGAGUUAUUGGUAAAAAAACUGACAGAGGAGGAAGCUGCUUGCUUGACUUUGCCUGUUACUAGGGAGGAAAUAAAACAUGUCUUCUUCAGUAUGGGAAGAGAUAAAGCACCAGGUCCUAAUGAGUUUGUUUCUGAAUUUUUUAAGUUGGAUUGGGAGGUGGUGGGUGUUAAUGUGGAGAGCACAGUUAUUGCACUUAUCCCUAAGCUGCCUGUUGUGGAGAAAAUGAAAGAUUUUCGACCUACUUCUUGUUGUAAUGUGAUUUAUAAGGGUAUUUCAAAGUUGCUCUCACGUAGACUGUCAAUGGUGUUACCCAAACUAAUUGGAAGAAGUCAGUCCGCCUUUGUGAAGGGUAGGCUGAUUAGUGAUAAUAUUCUAAUGGCAACAGAACUCGUCAAGGAUUAUCAUAGGAGCAGAAUUUCUUCUAGGUGUGCACUAAAGAUAGAUUUGAUGAAAGCCUUCGACUCUGUCUAUUGGAAGUUUCUUUUCACAGUUAUGUCUGCUAUGGGAAUGACAAUGCAGGCCAAGCAAAUUCCCUUCCAUCCUCGUUGUAAAAGUCUGGAGAUCACGCAACUCUGCUUUGCAGAUGAUCUGUUGGUCUUUACGAAUGGGACAACUCAAGCAGUUUUUGGGAUUCAACAGAUGAAGAUCAAGUAUUAUCUGAUCAGACUGGGUUUCCUUUGGGAAAGCUACAUGUUCGAUAUUUGGGAGUGCCGCUUCUGUCAGGUCAAUUGA